AUGGUAGAUCCUGACGUAGUGGGCAACAUCAACAUUGAGAUGUGGCCGGCGGACGUGGAGAUGAAGAAUGUGGAUAGCCCCGCUGGCGAACAGGAUGCGGUGAAAGCAGACCCGGACACAUUGACCAUAGAAGACAUCAAGGAGCAGGCUCGCCACAUUGAGAAGGCGGUGACCAGCAAGGAGCCGAGGUUCAUUCUGCGCAUCCUGCGAGCGCUGAUGCCCACUCGCAAGCGGCUCAACGACCGAGUUCUGCGCAAAAUCGUCACGGGCUUCUUCACCCAUUCGAGCCAGGACAGGGAAGCCCUGUUGGGAUGCCUCGAAGAGCCCAUGGAGACGGAAGGUGGCAUAGUGCAGAAGGAGAGCCGAAUCCGCAGCUCCAAGACAUCGCACCUGCCUCUGCUUCCCGAGCUGGACGUGUACAUUCCCCUGGUGCUGGUCUAUCUCCUUGAUGCACAGCGCUACGAGAAGGCGGUGCAGUGCUCGGACCAGCUGAUGCAGAAGAUCCAGGCCCAGAACCGACGCACCCUGGACUUGCUAGCGUCCAAGUGCUACUUCUACCACAGCCGCUGCUACGAGUUGGUUGACAGAAUGAGCGACAUCCGCAGCUUCCUGCACAGCCGGUUGCGCACAGCCACCUUGCGCAGUGACUACGAAGGACAAGCAGUGCUGGUCAACUGUCUGCUCCGCAACUAUCUCCACUACAACCUCUACGAACAGGCAUCCAAGCUGGUGUCUAAGUCAGCCUUUCCCGAAGCAGCAUCCAACAACGAGUGGGCCCGUUACCUCUACUACCUGGGGCGCAUUCGUGCCAUCCAACUGGACUACUCAGAGGCCCGGCGGCAUCUGCUGCAAGCCAUUCGCAAAGCACCUCAGCAUGCUGCCUUGGGGUUCAAGCAGACGGUGCAUAAGUUGGCCAUUACUGUGGACCUGCUGCUGGGUGACAUACCGGACCGAUCCAUCUUUCGCCAAGCACCCCUGCGCCGCACACUUGCCCCUUACUUCCAGCUCACCCAAGCUGUACGUGCGGGCAACCUGAGCCGCUUUAGCGAGGUGCUGGAGCACUUUGGGGCCAAGUUCCAGGCCGACCACACGUUCACGCUCAUCAUCCGGCUGCGCCACAAUGUCAUCAAGACGGGGGUGCGCAUGAUCAACCUGUCGUAUCUGCGCAUUUCACUGGCCGACGUUGCCCAGAAGCUGCAGCUGGAUUCUUCCGAGGACGCUGAGUUCAUUGUGGCCAAGGCCAUUCGUGAUGGAGUGAUCGAGGCCACCAUUGACCACGAGCGGGGCUGCAUGCAGUCCAAAGAGAACAUGGACAUCUAUUGCACACGAGAGCCCCAGGCUGCGUUCCACCAGCGCAUCUGCUUCUGCCUCGAUAUACACAACCAGUCAGUCAAGGCAAUGCGGUUCCCACCCAAGUCCUACAACAAGGACCUUGAAUCGGCUGAGGUAAGCUUCUGA